UUCUGUUGUAGUAAGUGUAAGUGCCGCCGUCUAUCGACUCUCUGUUCUGUGAGAAACACACAGGAAACUUGUGUAAAAAAAAAUCCGGCAUGAUCUACAUUUAAACGCCAAUUUGGCAGACGAAACCGCGAUUAUUGUUUCAAAUCGGACUACGGCCGAUAAUCGCUUUUCUCUGACCGGAGCAUGGUCCCACAGUGAAGUUAGAGGAUAGUUUCCUUGUGAAAGUGAAAGAGAGGAAGCAACUUGAGUUGUGAAGAUUGGAGUCGUUCUUCAGCUCCGGUGUUUCUCAUCCCUUGAGGUUGUGAGUUAAGAUGAGCAUAACCAGUGAUGAGGUCAACUUCCUAGUGUACAGAUAUCUACAGGAGUCAGGUUUCUCUCACUCAGCGUUCACCUUUGGCAUGGAGAGUCACAUCAGUCAGUCAAACAUCAAUGGCGCUCUGGUGCCUCCUGCUGCUCUCGUCUCCAUACUACAGAAAGGACUGCAGUAUGUGGAAGCAGAGAUCAGCAUUAUCGAGGAUGGCACACUUUUUGACUGUCGGCCGAUAGAGUCUCUGUCGCUCAUUGACGCUGUGAUGCCGGACACGGUCCAGUCCAGACAGUGGGCGUUCAAUGACAAACUCGAACCGAAGCUGCAAAACAACAGCACUAGCUCAACCGCUCAGUCUCAUGCUACUAAGAACGGGGAAGCCACGGCCAACGGAGACGAGAACGGCACUCAUGCACUUAAUCAUCACGAGGAGUUGAUGGAGAUGGACGGAGAGAUCCAGAUUCCUGCCGGCAAAGCCACAGUGUUGAGAGGUCACGAGUCAGAGGUCUUUAUCUGUGCCUGGAACCCUGUCUGUGACCUCCUGGCCUCGGGUUCUGGUGACUCCACAGCUCGUAUAUGGAACCUGAAUGAGAACAGUAACAGCGGCUCAACUCAGCUGGUGCUGCGUCAUUGUAUUAGAGAGGGGGGGCAGGACGUUCCUAGUAACAAAGACGUCACUUCAUUAGACUGGAACAGUGAUGGUACUCUCCUAGCAACCGGAUCUUAUGACGGUUUUGCAAGAAUAUGGACUAAAGAUGGUAAUCUGAGUAGCACACUGGGACAGCAUAAAGGGCCCAUAUUUGCACUCAAGUGGAAUAAGAAAGGAAACAGUAUUCUGAGCGCUGGAGUUGAUAAGACGACAAUCAUUUGGGAUGCACACACAGGUGAAGCUAAGCAGCAGUUCCCUUUUCAUUCUGCUCCGGCUCUGGACGUCGACUGGCAGAAUAACACCACAUUUGCAUCCUGCAGUACGGACAUGUGCAUCCACGUGUGUCGCCUAGGAAGUGAGCGACCGCUCAAAACCUUCCAAGGGCACACGAAUGAAGUAAACGCCAUUAAAUGGGACCCGUCGGGAACGCUGUUAGCAUCCUGUUCGGACGACAUGACGUUAAAGAUCUGGAGUAUGAAGCAGGAUUCAUGUGUUCACAAUCUUCAAGCUCACAACAAAGAGAUCUACACCAUCAAAUGGAGCCCGACGGGUGUUGGCAGCAACAACCCCAAUGCCAACGCUCUACUGGCCAGUGCGUCUUUUGACUCAACGGUGCGAUUAUGGGAUGUUGAGAGGGGCGUUUGCAUCCACACGCUCACCAGACACCAGGAGCCGGUCUACAGCGUCGCCUUCAGUCCUGAUGGGAAGUUCUUAGCCAGUGGAUCCUUUGAUAAAUGCGUGCACAUCUGGGACACUGUGAGCGGAGCUUUAGUGAACAGUUACAGAGGAACUGGAGGAAUAUUUGAGGUGUGCUGGAACAGUUUGGGAGAUAAAGUUGGCGCGAGUGCAUCAGAUGGAUCGGUCUGUGUUGUUGAUUUACGGAAAUAACGCUUGAUGAAUCUGAGGGUGGAUACAGGAUUGUGCAGUUUAAUGUCUUCACUACAUCUCUGCAGCUGUUGCUGGCCAUCUGAACUCGCAUUUCCUGCAUGGAGGCAGGCCGUUGAGACCUGCGACCUUACCAAGAAAUAAAACCCAGCUAUUUAAGAUGGUCAGAACGAGACCGCUUGUGCUGUUGGCGAUGUCAGUUCAGUGCACUAGAUGGACAGCGAGGAGGCUCAAGAGCCAAAAGCUUGAUAUGUAUAAGUUCAAGAGUUUUUGUUUUUUUUACUCGUUUGUAAUCCAGUGCCGUACACAUGCCAAUGUUGUUGGACAGAACUGGUGUUGGGUCAUUUUGGGCCCGGUUUCCAGUCACGGUUAUGAAGCCUGUUUGUAGAAAAACCGAUUUUGAAUGGAGAACAAUCUUUGGAAGUCACUUUUAGUCCAAUGCGAGGCUUAAUAUGUGCCCUCUUAAACGGCCCAUCAUUUGAAUCUCUCCUCGAUGAAGAAUAUUAAAAAUGUCAAGAGCUUAUUGUCGAUUUCUCUCAUCACCGGACUGGAACGAAAGACUUUUGAGUGUUUUCUAUCUUAACUGUAUAAUAUAGAGGUGAAUGAAGAAGUCGAUUGCAGAGGAGGUUAUUUUAUUAAAAUGUUUGAUUUUUGUAUUUGUUUAAGUGUAUUAUCUCCUCCAUUGGAUGUACAUUUAAUGAAUGUAAAGUUGUAAAUUAGAUAACUACACCGAUUUUAUUAACUGUGUUAAUAUGUUUAUAAACAUAAAAUCAGCUUUCUUCAGAAGCUACAUAUGUGUGCCUCAAAAUCUGUUGUCUUGUAAGUGGUAAAGGAACACUCCAGGCUGUGUGUGUGCAUUCUCGGGCCACUUAAUUUUAGUUUGAAAACGCAUUAGUUUUGCUACUUUUACGCCUCUCAUCCACCGUAGAAUGGCGUUAUCCUCCACUGAAAACUGAAGCAUUUCGAAAAAGCUCUCCAUUACUGCACACUAUGGAAAAUGAUGACGAUAGGAAAAUGAAAACGGAUUAGAGUGGAUGUGGCCUCCAAUGAGCUAGUGUAGACGCCUUCAUGUUUGUAUGUGUCGCGCUAUACAUACACGACGCUGUAACACGACAAACGGUACUAGCCGUUUUCAUGGUUGAGAUUGUUCAGGUAAACUGGGCCACUUUAUUAUUGCGAUAAAUGGUUAAACAUGGCCCAGUUUUCCUGAAUUCACCCUUGCUUGUCGCUUUAUCGCGUACUUCGGUAGGACACGGCGUUAACUCGGCGAUGGUGAAUGUAGCAUUGCUUUUAAACAGAGGCUGAUUGUGUUUAUAGUACCUGCUGUCAACAUGUGGUCUGUCUGCUGAGCAUUACCUUUGCGACACCGUCACAUUUUAAUUUGAAACAGGUGUUGAAAGCUAAGGUAUGCUUUGCAAGCCCAUUUGGACGGGUUUGAUGCAAACGCACUACAAUUGCUUUGCGAUUCAGUUUUAGCACAGUCAGCGGGAGGCAAACAGUACUAUAUACUAAUAGUGCUGACAAUGGAAUUAGCGUUGCACUAACUGUGUGGAUCACAAUUUGCAUCACGCUUUGCUUAUGACAAAAUUUGCAUUGUGCAUUUUGUGCUGAUGAUGAAAUUUGCAACCCGUGUACUGUGCUAAUAUCAAAACUUGCAUCAUGUUUACUGUGCCGAUGAUGAAAUUUGUAGCACACGUACUGUGCUGUGACAUGCUUUAUACUAUAAUGAUGAUGAAAUUUGGGUCCUGCGCUGUAUUAAUGAUUUGUCACGUGUACUGUGUGCAUACUGUGCUGCGCGUACUGUUGAUAACUAAAUUUGCAUCACGUUUGUGUUUACCAUGCUGAUAACGGAAAUUGCGUCGCGCAUACUGUUUAUGACUAAAUUUGCGUCACGUUUGUGUGUACUGUGCUGAUGACGAAAAUUGCGUCACGCAUACAGUGGUGAUAAUGGAAAUUGCGUCGCGCAUACUGUUUAUGAAUACAUUUGCGUCAUGUUUGUGUGUACUGUGCUGAUGACAAAAAUUGCAUCACGCAUACAGUGGUGAUAAUGGAAAUUGUGUCGCGCAUACUGUUUAUGAAUACAUUUGCGUCAUGUUUGUGUGUACUGUGCUGAUGACAAAAAUUGCAUCACGCAUACAGUGGUGAUAAUGGAGAUUGUGUCGCGCAUACUGUUUAUGAAUACAUUUGCGUCAUGUUUGUGUGUACUGUGCUGAUAACGAAAAUUGUGUCGUGCAUACAGUGGUGAUAACGGAAAUUGCGUUGUGCAUACAGUGGUAAUAACAAAAAUUGUAUAGCGCAUACAGUGGUGAUAACGAAAAUUGCAUCACGCAUACUAUGCUAUUGACUAAAUUUGCGUCGCGCAUACUGUGCUAUUGACAAAUUGCGUCGCGCAUACAGUGGUGAUAACGAAAAUUGCGUUGCGCAUACUGUGCUAUUGACUAAAUUUGCAUCGCGCAUACUGUGCUAUUGACUAAAUUUGCAUCGCGCAUACUGUGCUAUUGACUAAAUUUGCGUUGCGCAUACUGUGCUGAUGUCGAAAUUUGUGUCACGCAUACAGUGGUGAUAACAGAAAUUGCGUUGCGCAUACUGUUUAUGAAUACAUUUGCGUCAUGUUUGUGUGUACUGUGCUGAUAACGAAAAUUGUGUCGCGCAUACAGUGGUGAUAAUGGAAAUUGCGUUGCGCAUACAGUGGUGAUAGCGAAAAUUGCAUCGCGCAUACAGUGGUGAUAACGAAAAUUGCGUCGCGUAUACAGUGGUGAUAACGAAAAUUGCGUCGCGCAUACUGUGCUAUUGACUAAAUUUGCGUCGCGCAUACUGUGCUAUUGACUAAAUUUGCGUCGCGCAUACUGUGCUAUUGACUAAAUUUGCGUCGCACAUACAGUGGUGAUAACGAAAAUUGCGUCGCGAAUACUGUGCUAUUGACUAAAUUUGCAUCGCGCAUACUGUGCUAUUGACUAAAUUUGCAUCGUGCAUACUGUGCUAUUGACUAAAUUUGCGUUGCGCAUACUGUGCUGAUGUCGAAAUUUGUGUCACGCAUACAGUGGUGUUAAUGAAAAUUUCGCAGUUCAUACUGCUUAUGAGAAUUUCAGCACAUAUUGUGCUAUUGACUAAAUUUGCAUCGCGCAUACUGUGCUGAUGAUGAAAAUCGCGUUGCGUGUACUGUACUGAUGUCGAAAUUUGUGUCAUGCGUAUUGUGUUUUACUAAAUUUGUGUCACGUGUAUUGUGCUGACUAAAUUUGCAUCAUGUUUGUGUGUACUGUGCUAGUGAUGAAAUUUGCGUUGCACAUACAGUGCUGAUAAUGAAAAUUGCGCACAUACUGCGUAUACUUUAUUAAUUCCACACUGUACAUUCUGCCUCUUCACAGUCAAACAAUGGAAGAGGACAAUGUCUUUGAAGACGCAAAAUCAAUUUCCCAUUUUCAACAUUUUACUUUAAUAAAACAAAUUUUAGUUUUUUUUUUUUUUUUUAUUAUGUUUUUUAGGUUAAGCCCAGCAGUGAAUUGAAGCUUGCUUACUAUUAACCAGAAUUCCUUAUUGUCUGUGUCAGACUGCGAUAGGACGCUGUCUUGGCAUGUCGAGAGCUGCAGUUGGGCAGCACGUUUUGAUGUGUGUCUGACCCUGCUGCCAAGUAUAAAGUAAAUCUGUUGCAUGGACAAAACUGUAUCUCAGUGUCUCGCACUCGGAGCCCAAAUAAAUCUAUUUUGACGUUACAAACAGUUGUGUUUAGGUCAUUAAUAUUUCAUGUGGAACACUGUGAC